CAAGUUUGCAUCUCUGCUCGAUCCCUUCCCGCAGCCCACCAGUCCCCUCGGCGUCCUCGCCCGGGAGCCCCCAGCGCCCUGGCCCGGCCGUUGCUGCGCUCUGCUCCAGAGGCGGUGGCUUUGAGGCGUGACCCUGCCCACGCUCCGCCCCGCCAGCACCAGCUCCUCAGCAAGGAGGGCCCGCUUGAGAAGACGAAUAAGACAGUGUCAACGAGAGAUACGAAGAGAAGAGAGAAAGGAGCCCCCCAGCCUCGCUGCCUCUGCCGCACACACAGCCCCUGCAGCAGAUGAGGCGCUCCUAGCGCACCAGCCCGGGCGGAGGAUGGAGUUCUGUGGCCGAGGCUUCCUAGAAGCUUAAACCCUUGUCCCAAUGACGUCAAGCUCACCCAUUGGCCUGGAGGGUUCAGACUUGUCUUCCAUCAACACCAUGAUGUCAGCAGUCAUGAGUGUGGGGAAGGUCGCCGAGAAUGGCGGGAGCCCCCAGAGCGUCAAGUCCCCCACGAAGCCUCCGGGACCAAAUCGGAUCGGCCGAAGGAACCAGGAGACGAAAGAGGAGAAGUCUUCCUACAACUGCCCCCUGUGCGAGAAGGUCUGCACCACCCAGCACCAGCUAACCAUGCACAUUCGCCAGCACAACACGGACACGGGUGGGGCCGACCACUCGUGCAGCAUCUGCGGGAAGUCGCUGAGCUCGGCCAGCUCCCUGGACCGGCACAUGCUGGUGCACUCCGGGGAGAGGCCCUACAAGUGUACCGUCUGCGGGCAGUCCUUCACCACCAACGGGAACAUGCACAGACACAUGAAGAUCCACGAGAAGGACCCCAACAGCUCUCCAGCUGCAGCCCCCCCAUCCCCACUGAAGCGCAGGCGGCUGUCCUCCAAGAGGAAACUGAGUCACGAAGCGGAGUCGGAGAAGGAAGACCCGGCGCCAGCCAAAAAGAUGGUGGAGGACGGGCCGCUGGGUGACGCGGAGAGGAAAACCGAGGAGGUGUCUCACUGCCCACUCUGUUUCAAGGAGUUUGUGUGCAAGUACGGGCUGGAGACCCACAUGGAGACACACUCGGAUAACCCGCUGAGGUGCGACGUCUGCUGCGUCACCUUUCGCACACACCGCGGCCUGUUGCGCCACAACGCGCUGGUCCACAAGCAGCUCCCCAGGGACGCGGUGGGGCGGCCUUUCAUCCAGAACAAUCCCGCCAUCCCUGCCGGCUUCCACGAUUUGGGCUUCACCGACUUCUCCUGUCGGAAGUUUCCCCGCAUCUCUCAGGCCUGGUGCGAAACGAACCUGCGCAGGUGCGCCAGCGAGCAGCACCGCUUCAUCUGCGACGCGUGCGACAAGGCCUUCCCCAUGCUCUCCUCGCUCACCCUGCACAGGCGGACACAUGGGGCUGCCAGCCAGAGCCCGGACGGGCCGCCGGCCAGGGCCCCGCCGGGCGGCGACCCGGGCCAGAAGGCCUUCCUGGCAGUGCUGGGCCUGCAGCACGCGGAGGACGUGCAGCCCGCGCCGGCCGAGCCGCCGCCAGACGACAGCCAGGCGGUCCAGCUCCAGGCGCUGCGGUGCCAGCUACCUCAGGAGCCCGGCUGUGCCGGCCUGCUCAGCCUGGCCCCCUUUGACGCCGCUGCCCUGGGCGGGGCUCUCGCCGUCCUCCCGGCCACCGCAGACAGCGUGAAGCACCUGGCCCUGCAGCCCUUCCAGAAGGGCUUCAUCAUCCAGCCCGACAGCAGCAUCGUGGUGAAGCCCGUCUCCGGGGAGCCGGCCAUCGAGCUGGCGGACAUCCAGCAGAUCCUGAAGAUGGCUGCGGCUGCGCCGCCACAGGUCGGCCUCCCGCCGCUGGCCAAGGCACCGGCCGCGCCGCUGCAGGCCGUCUUCAAGCACAUGCCCCCUCUGAAGCCAAAGCCUCUGGCCGCGCCGCGCACGGUGGUGGCCACGUCCACGCCCCCACCCCUGGUCAACACCCAGCAGGCCUCCCCUGGCUGCGUCAGCCCCAGCCUGCCCCCGCCGCCACUGAAGCUCCUCAAGGGCACGGCAGAGGCAGCCCCCGGCGCCCACCUGCUGCCACCCAAGUCGGGGGCGCAGCUCUUCCUGCAGCCGCCGCGCCUCGAGCUGCCUGGCCAGGCCGAGGUGAAGACGCAGCUGGAACAGGACAGCCUCCUGGAGGCGCUGCUGCCGCUAAGCGUGGAGGCCAAGAUCAAGCAGGAGGUCGCGGAGGGGGACCUCAAGGCCAUCGUGGCGGGCCCCGGCGGCAAGAAAGCGCCGGCCGUGCGCAAGGUGCUCUAUCCCUGCCGCUUCUGCAGCCAAGUGUUCGCCUUCUCGGGCGUGCUGCGCGCACACGUGCGCUCCCACCUGGGCAUCUCGCCCUACCAGUGCAACAUCUGCGACUACAUCGCCGCCGACAAGGCCGCGCUCAUCCGCCACCUGCGCACGCACAGCGGGGAGCGGCCCUACAUCUGCAAAAUCUGCCACUACCCCUUCACGGUCAAGGCCAACUGCGAGCGGCACCUGCGCAAGAAGCACCUCAAGGCCACACGCAAGGACAUCGAGAAGAACAUCGAGUACGUGACGAGUAGCGCGGCCGAGCUGGUGGACGCCUUCUGCUCCCCCGACACAGUGUGCCGGCUGUGCGGCGAGGACCUGAAGCACUACCGCGCGCUCCGCGUCCACAUGCGCGCGCACUGCGGCCGCGGCCUGGGCGGCUGCCCCAAGCCCCGCAAGCCCUUCGAGUGCAAGGAGUGCAGCGCCGCCUUCUCAGCCAAGCGCAACUGCAUCCACCACGUGCUCAAGCAGCACCUGCACGUGCCCGAGCGCGACAUCGAGAGCUACGUCCUGGCGGCCGACGGCUUGGGCCCCGCCGACACGCCCGCCGAGGCCCCAGGCCGCGCCGACGAGGGCGAGCGCAAGCCCCUGGCCGCCUUCCUGGAGCCCCAGAAUGGCUUUCUUCCCGCGGGCCCCGCCCAGCCCCUGCCCCCGCACAUUGCAGUCAAAGUGGAGCCUGCCGGUAACUUCGCCUCCGACUUCAAUGAGCCCCUGGACUUCUCCCAGAAGGGCCUGGCCCUGAUCCAAGUGAAGCAGGAGAACGCGGCUGCCUUCCUGAGCCCCUCCGCCCCCUACGACUGCUCCAUGGAGCCCAUCGACCUGUCCAUCCCCAAGAACUUCCGGAGAGGAGACAAGGACGCAGCUGCUCCCGGGGAGGCCAAGAAGCCUGAGCAGGAACCCGGGAGCAGCGAGCAGACUUCCCCGGGCCCACCGGCCUGCCCCACGCUGCCGGCGACCUUGGGCGCCAGCGGGGCCCUGGAGAAGCCAGGGGUCCCCGCCGCGGCAUCCUCAGCGGCCAGCCCUCUGGAAGCUGCGGCGCUGCCCCCGCAGGGCCCCGUUCAAAUCGCCGUGCCCGUCUACUCCUCAGCCCUGGUCAACAGCUCUCCGCUCUUGGGCAGCUCCACUCUCGGCAGCCCGGCCUUGCUGCGGCCGCUGCGUCCCAAGCCCCCUCUGCUCUUGCCAAAGCCCCCCGUGACGGACGAGCUGCCCCCGCUGGCCUCCAUCGCCCAGAUCAUCUCAUCCGUGUCCUCGGCCCCCACCUUGCUGAAGACCAAGGUGGCCGACCCGGGGCCGGCAGGAAGCGGCAGUGCUGCCGCGGCCUCAGACAGCAUCGGGGGUGCCCUCCCCAAAGCCACCACUGACGUCACCAGCCCGAAAGAAUCCAGUGACUCACCCCCCUCCUCCAACAGCCCAGAGGCAGCCUCGCCCACCGAGCAGGGACCAGCCAGCUUGUCGAAGAAGAGGGGCCGGAAGAGGGGGACGCGGAGCCGGGCGCGCAGCAGCGGCGGGGUGGACCUGGACUCCAGUGGGGAGUUCGCCAGCAUUGAGAGGAUGCUGGCCACCACGGACACCAACAAGUUCAGCCCGUUUCUGCAGAGCGCGGAGGACGACGCCCAGGAAGAGGUGGCCGCAGCCCCCGCAGACCACAACGGGCCCAGCGACGAAGAGCAGGGCAGCCCGCCCGAGGACAGGCUGCUGAGGGCGAAGCGCAGCUCAUACACCAACUGCCUGCAGAAGAUCAGCUGCCCACACUGCUCGCGGCUCUUCCCCUGGGCCAGCUCCCUGCAGAGGCACAUGCUCACGCACACCGGUCAGAAACCCUUCCCUUGUCAAAAAUGCGGUGCCUUCUUUUCCACCAAAUCUAACUGUGAACGACACCAGUUGCGCAAACACGGAGUUACCUGUUCCCUGAGAAGAAACGGGCUUAUCCCCCAGUCAAAAGAGAGUGAUGGAGCCCGUGAUAGCACAGACAGCCAGUCGGACGCAGAGGCCUCGGCGGCCGGCAGCGAAGUGCUGGACCUCACCGCCCGGGAGCCACCCGCGCCAACCCCAGAAGGUGCCUCGGAGCCCAGCCCGGCCGCGGCCCCGGCCCCGGAGGACCCCCCGAGGGGCGCGCAGGAGGAGUCGGAGCAGGUGGCGGCGGAGGGGGACGCGCAGCCCGAAGAAGAGGACACACAGCCCACGGAGGAGGAGGAGGGGGAGGAGGAGUGCGCGGAGGAGGAGCCGGCCGAGACCGCUGACGGCCCCGAGGAGGACACAGUCAGCAACAAGAGCCUGGACCUCAACCUCGCCAGCACGCUGAUGGGCUUCAAGCUGGCCGAGGGCGAGGCAGGCGCGCAAGACCACAAGCACGCCUGCCACGUGUGCGGCAAGAGCUUCAAGCUCCUGGGGACCCUCAGCCGCCACCGCAAGGCCCACGACCGCGAGGAGCCCAGUGACGAGAGCGCGCCCCCCCGGGAGCACGAGGGGCCACACCCGGCUGCCCCCGAGCCCCCAGUCCCCGAGCCCCCAGCCGAGGCGGAGGCCACGCCCGAGGCCCCAGCGGAGAAGCAGAACGAGGCAGCCGAGGGCCCCUCGGACGCGGACGGGGACGCAGACGGGGAGGGCCCCGCCGAGAAAAGACCGCUGGAGAAGAGUGAUGACGACAAGAAGCCAAAGACAGACGCGCCCAGGAGCGCAGCCAGCAAGGCGGACAAGAGGAAGAAGGUGUGCAGCGUGUGUAGCAAGAGGUUCUGGUCCCUGCAGGACCUGACCCGGCACAUGAGGUCGCACACAGGAGAGAGGCCCUACAAGUGCCAGACCUGCGAGCGGACCUUCACCUUGAAACACAGCCUGGUGCGCCACCAGCGGGUCCACCAGAAGGCCCGGCACGCCAAGCACCACGGCAAGGACAGCGACCGCGAGGAGCGCGCGGAGGAGGACAGCGAGAGCGAGUCCGCCCACAGCGGCGCGCACCCCCUGUCAGAGGGCGAGGGGGACGCGGGCCUGCACGCCAGCACCCACGUGGCACUCACGCGGAGCCGGAGGGAGAGCCUGGCCGCCAAGGACGCCGGCCGCCGGGAGGAGCGGGCGGCAGCGCGGACGGCGGGGGCCAGCCAGGCAGCAGCCGGCAGAAGCGCGCCCAGGGCCGCCACUGCAGGCAGCCCCCGGGAGCCAGCGCCCCAGGGCGACCCCGGCCGGGAGAGCCCUGCAGGCCUCCUGCAGGACCUGCUGGAGCUGCCGGGCCGCAGGCCUGCCCACCCCCUCCUGCCCACUGCCGACAGCGCCUCGCUCUUGGGCCUGGAAUGACGACCCGGCCCGCCCCCCAGCACGCAGACGAGAGCCAGCAGAGCAAAGCGCCCUGAAUCUGCUUCCCGAGGUGCCCUCGGUGCCCCUCGGCUGUUGGGGGGCCGGAGACAGGGGGCGGCCGCCCACCAGGUGCCAUCGCCUUACCGACUGCGGGGAAGGGCCGCACCUAGCGAUUCGAGUGCCUUAACUACUUACAGCCCUUGGUGUCGUCCUGGGUGUUAUGUGUUUCCAAAACGACUUUUUGAAAAACAAAGCAAAUAUUUUAAUGAAUUAUUUGGAGAGGACCUUUUCAUUUAAGCAUUAACAUUACCUUCUGUGUUGGUGUGUGUGAGCUUGUUUUUGCGAAUCUGUGAUAGUCACGUUUGUUCUGUGAGCUGGAAACAGACAAAAAAAAACAUGCCCUUGGAUACCUAUGGCCAAUAACUGGAAGAAAGUGACGCGGAUUCCAUGUAAAUUCCCAGAGGAAAUGUGGAUGAGAUGCUCAUUUCUCAGACUUUUUCUUUCUGUUUGCUGCGUGGUGGAGCUGAGAUUGGGUCCUCGGUGGACUGCAGGGUGUGGCUCAUGAAGGUUUCCAGUUUGGUUCAAGCCAAAACCAGGAAAGAGUCUAGCUUCGGCCUGGGACACAUUUCCACUCUCUCAGCGUUAGACGUGCCGUUACUGCUGCAGUUUCCAGGCAGAGGAGAGUCCCCCUGGCAACUGAACCGGCGGGAAACAUGCAUAGGUGUCAUAUAUCUGACUCCUGCCCCCAACCCCCACCCUUUUCGGUAUAUGUAUUAAUAAUAUUAUUAUUAUUAUUAUUAUUUGUAGUUCAUCAGUUUGCUGGUCUCUGCAGUCAGCAGAAACAAAUGGGCAAUAUUUGUCCUGGGAGACCUGGGCCGCCCCCGCCCGGGCUCCCCCGCGUGAGCGUCCGCCCGCAGCCUCUGCCAGGCCCCCUGGGGCGGCAGCUCUUCUACUGUACUGAGACACGCCUCUCUUCUGUGACUGCAGCACCCAGCAGGGGCCCCAUGGUCCUCUGCCCGCCCCUGGGGGGCUGGGGGGCAAUGGGGAGGGAAGAGGAGGCACGGUGGGCGCCGGGGGCCUCCAGGGAAGCCGGGGGCAGAACCCACUGCUCGCCAGGUCUUCCUGCCAGACCUAGCCCAGGCCUCGCGCGCUGGCGCCCCUGUCCUUUGCAGAGCACGGAGUUCUACUACUGGUAACAAGACUGCGCCGGCGAGAGGGAGGAGGGAGAGCGGGCCUGUCUGCCUCCCCGUAAUCCGGGGUUGGUGCUUGAAGAGAGACACGUGUCUCUAGUUUCUGAGUCGCUCGAGCCCCUGGGCGCACAGAGGUGGAUUUUCUUUUCAUGAGCAUCGUAUGCAGGCAAUAGACCCCCCUCACUGUAGCUGCCAGCAGUGACUGGAAACUGACCCUACUGUAGCUGGGCUGUGCUCAGCGGCCUGUCCUCUAGCCGGGACCCCCCCCCCCCCCCGAGCCUCAGUGCCUCAGCCCUCCCCCCCACCCCCCCCCGCCCCGGGACCCAGGGCUCCUCUGUCCUCAGACCUGUGCCCACCACAGGGACCCCCACCCUCCACCUCCUCACCCACUCCUGGUGGCCAAAAUCCAACCGCCCAGACUUCAAAGGAAGCUGUGUAUUCUUGACGUGAUGAAAAAGCGGUAUCUUUGCAUGUGAAAGGAGAAAGGUUGAGGUAUAUUAAGAUUUUUAACUGUAUUAGGGAUGUGUGAACCAGUUUCAAAAUGAGGUUUUAUUUACUUUAGAUGAAGACGAAUCAGAACCAAUGACCCCCCCCGCCCCGCCCCUGCCCCGUGUCACUUCAUACCAAGUGUGGUGUGCUUACCUAAAACCAGUUCAUUCAUCCCUUAAUUUUUUAUGACGAUUGUUGUUAUUUUCAUUGUUAUUAUUUGGGUGUUUUGUUUUCCUUUGCAGCUCUCCACACUAAAACUCGGAACGUUGUGGGGAGAAGCCACGAGUUAACUCUGCGCUGGGGUGAGAUGUAGCCGGAACCAGCCCGGCACCGCGGCCAAGGCAGCCGCUCGCAAUAAUCACUAUUGAUUUAAAGCUUUAUUUAGCCUUCAUCUGUACCCUCGUAGUCGAUAAGGUCUUGCCACAUUUUAUUAGCGAGGUUGAGAGAUGUAUCAUUUGUUUGUUGUUCUGUCCCCUCCCCCAAUAUUAAACUGUGAAAUUUGUGAUUUGUUUAAACUCUGGGUGAAUCAUAGCUUAGUUUGCAUGUCCAGCUAAUUUGUUCCUAUACAUUUUGUUUGAUUCUUUUUUUCCUUCUCUCAGGGCUUUUACAAAAAAAAAAAAGAAAUAUAUAUAUAUGGAUCUUCUGAAAAGUUUUUUGAGGUGCAAGUUUCUCUCUUUUGUUUUUCCUCUUUGAUUUAUGGACACGAUGCUGAGAUUCAAUCACUACAUGAAACUCCCGGCUGUGAAAACAAAACAAAACCCCGGGGCUGUCCCCCAGCCCCCAGGGGAAGCUGUGUGGCAGUCGGAUGCCCGUUUGUUUCAGAAAGUUUCACCGUUCUUUCCACGCUCUGUUCCUCUCUUUCCUCCAGAAGGAAGUUGAUCCUAGUGAUUUCAGCCCAUGCAUUAAACAGGAAACAAUAAUAAAUGUGUAGAAUUCAUAUUUUUCUAAAGGGAACUUAAAAAACUGCUGCUACAUGUUGUGUACAAAACUGGUUGAUGCCACAUGAACAGAGAAUCACAAGUUCGGUCUUGGUACUCCUCGUUGCUCUUUGUAUCCAGUUGUAUAGUACUUCCAAAUUCAAAAUGAGAAGAAACGCUGUUCUGUAUCAAACCAUCUAAAAGCAAUAAAUGUUAUAUUUUAAAAAUGGCA